UUUCUGUUUGGUUGAGGGGGAGGCUCUGCUUGGCUCCAGGCAGCAUACGCUCCACCAAUUCCAUCAGACCCUUUUCCUCCCUUGGUGCUUUCUACCAGAGCCAGAGCCCAGAUCCAAAUCAGCAACAUAACCAGAACCAGAAUAAAGACUCACAGCAAAAUUUGAAACAAAAAAAACACAAAGGAAAUGCCAAUAGAAUAGCUACAAACAACUCUGGAGAUAUAAAAAACCACGCUACGUUAGGCCCAAUAGAUUUUGAAGCUCUAAUUUCAACAAGAUAUAAGUACGACCCAAAGGUCCUCACUGACCACAAUAUAAUCGAGGGCCCCAACACUCCGAUGCCAAUCAAUGUUGUAGCAAACUAUUACGCUCCAUUGCGCAGAGAAAUCGUUCAUCAUGACUUGGUAUGCCAAAUCCAAAUUCGUUCUUACUCUUCUGAUAUUUUGGAAUUUUAUUCCCAGUUUAUUUUGCGUUCUGCUUAUUAUAUCAAUAUUCCUAUAUCUGGUCCAUUACGUCUACCAGUUCAAACUUCAAGAUGGACUGUAAUAAAAUCCCCCUUUGCCCAAGCAAAAUCAAAAGAAAAUUUUGAAAGAAAAACACACAAAAGGGUAUUCAAAAUCUGGGAUUCUGACCCUGAAGUCGUUGAUAUAUGGUUAAGUUUUUUAACCAAACAUUCCCUAGACAACAUCGGUUUGAAAGUCAACAUGUACAAAAGAGAGCCUUUGGAUUUCGAUAAAGAAAUGGAAAAUAUCGACAUUUCUGGCUUUAUUAAUAAUUCUAAACUUUUCAAUAAUCUUGAUACUCAAGAGGAUAUAAUUGGUGAAAAAGUACAUGAAUUAUUGAACACCUCAUCGUUUUCAAGACAUUUCAAAGAUAACGAAUAUUAUUCUCAAAUGUUAGAAUCCGUUAAUCAAGAUUCUGAUAAAAUUGAAUCUUCUAAUGGUAAUUCUAAUGAGAAUUCCAGUAAACAAAAACCCCAAAGUUGAUUAUAUCUCAAAUUAUUUCUCAAUUAUCCUUUGACAAGCACUUUCAAUUAAUUUCACAAAUUUAAAAAUGGUUUCAAUGUACAUAUAUAUAUCUCUAAUUAAUAUUUUCUUAUUAACAUUGUAAUUUUUUUUCAUAACCUUAUACCUUUUCAAUGAUAUAAUCCAACUACAAAACAAGACAAAAUAACCGUAUUAAAAUUUAGAUU